UGCUCAUCCUAACCCCCUCAUGAUAAAAGCCACCCCCACCAGCUUUUCACACAAACGCACGCACCCAUAGACCCCCGAGCACUCCUCAGUGACUGUCGCUCAGAUUGGACGCGCUGGGAAUGGGAUCUCUUGUGAGAGUGAAGAAAAACUUCCAAUUUUUCCGUGUUUACGCUCUGCAGAGACUACUCUUCAUCCUGCGGGAAUAGCUCCCCAAAUAGAGAAUAGGGAACACGGCAGAUGAAAAAUAGGUAAGACGAUCUGAGAAGAGGAGAGUUAGAAAAGAAACACGAAUGGGAUGAAAUAUUAUACAGCCAUGGCAAAGUGGUUUAAAGAUUUCCCCACUAGUCUGAGAAGUGGGACCGAUCGCAUUCGUUCGGCCUCGGAAUCAGGUGCCCAUGGUCGACCAAAACCUGUGGCCACAGUCGGUACCGGGGGAAAAGGCAAUGUGCGUAAAAAUUCGGAGAACGGUAGCAGUGGCGGUGGUGUGGGUUCACUGCUCUCCGGGAGGAAUCGGAAAAAUUCAGCAAUCGAAUUGGGACGGAACCCUCCAAGCACUGGGGCAAGUCCUGUGAAAGAUGGAAAGAUAUGGGAAAUCUUUAUUCCAGGAAAAGGCAAGAAGAACCAGAAGUUUGAUGCGGGUUUCGAAGAUCACCGAACUCUCAGGACAUCGAGUCUGGCAGAUGCGUACAUCAGCAGAAUGAUCAAGGUGGACAAACAAGACAAGAGCCAAAAACCCAGUUUUGGAGCUGGAGACGCAACAGUGCCAGACAACGAAAAAGGAAAGGCAACUUUGAAGACAGAGACGUUGAUAAUCCUGGAGGACUACGCUGACCCUUUCGAUGCCGAGAGAACGAAGGAGCAGAGAGAUGCUGAGAGAGAAGGAGAGAAUGAUGGAUACAUGGAGCCCUAUGAUGCUCAGCUCAUUAUUACAGAGAUCCGUCGGCGAGGCUCACGGGACCUGCUGAAGGUGUGUGUGGUGCUGAAGGGCGACGAGGAGGGCGGGGCCCCCCAGAUCUACGACGUGCCGUAUGAGGAGGUGCUGGAGGGGAUCCCCCUCACCCGCCCCGAGUGCGACGCCCGACCCCAAGCCGAGUACGAGCUCCCCUGGGAGUGGAGGAAAGAGCAGAUCGUCAGAGCCCUGUCAGCCCAGUUUGAUGGAGUGGAGCGCGUGACCAGCGGUAAAGAGGACGCAGUGCUGUCCCCUCGCCCGCAGAGACAGAAGAGCUGGACCCCCAAAACCCUGCGCCCCUCUCCCCCCUCCCCGUCCCUGACCCUCACCCCCACCCCCACCCUUGCAGCCCCUGCUGACAGCGACACAAAGCCUGUGGACCCCACUGUACCACUAGAGAAACAAAGCUGGUACCACGGCUCAGUGAGUCGGCAGGAGGCAGAGGCUCAGCUGCAGAACUGCAAGGAGGCCAGCUUCUUGGUGCGCGACAGCGAAUCAGCAACCAGCAAAUACUCCAUCGCCUUAAAGACCAGUCAGGGCUGCGUCCACAUCAUCGUGGCCCAGACCAAGGAGAAUGGCUACACACUGGACAAGAGCAGCUGUGUUUUCCUCAGCAUCCCGGAGGUGGUGCACCACUACUGCACCCAGCGCCUGCCCUUCACCGGAGCCGAGCACAUGACUCUCCAGCACCCCGUGCCCCGCACCCAUUAGUCCGCCUCGGCACAGAACCCCCUGACCCCCGACCUCUGACCCCCGACCCCUGCCAGCCCCCCUGCCAGCCUUGAGACCAGAGACCAGCCCAUUCCAUGCACACACUAACCCUUAUGGGUUAAAGACAGCACUCGCUCUACACACACACACACCUACACACAGACACACACACAUACGCAUGUAUGCAUACAUGCCCACACACAUACACACACACACACACACACACACACACACACACACACACACACUAAGCCCAGCACAGAGAGAUAGUGGAUUUAUUGACUGCCCAAAAGGAAAUGAAUCUACGAACUGGCCCCAGCCGGCCAUGCUGUCUUUAAUACAGGAACUAGAAGUCCCACAGCCAACAUCCUGAACCCUCACGUGCCCCGUACACACACUAAAUACCUAUCACACAAAUGACCUCACAGACAUGACUCUGCUAUGAUCCCACAGAAUCUCAUGUCAAUCACACAUGAGAUAAGCCUAGAGCCAAAUACAUAAACGCAUAAAUGAUAAUGUGGCCUGAUAAUCAGUCUGCACUAUAAAACCACUCAAAUGAAAAUAUGACUGUACAAAAGGUGUGACCUAUGACCCAAGUACUGACCUGACACACAAACAGUCCCACGCACACACCCACACCCCCCCCCCACACACAGAGACACACACACACACUCACUCACUCACACACACCUUAAUCUUACUGAAUUCUUAGUGUUUGUCUUUUAAAAUUCUGACCUGCACCCACUCUCUGUCCCGUCCACCCUUAAAUUCCUAUCAUAAAAUGUUUUUUUAAAAUACAAAUACUUUUUUAACAUUCUUAAUUAGAUGGGGUAUUUUGUAGGCCUACUUUAAAAUCUAAAAAUAUUUUUUACUUUACGUCAAGUGCCAUAUAGCCUAAUAUCUUGUGUAAUGUUAAUCUCAUGUUGCGAUGUUUAGUGGAAGAGGUCGUUUUUUUUUUUUUUUUGGUGAUCUUUGGUGUUCUUUAUUCUGGGAAACAGGAGUGCCGUCGCGUCAUCGGUUCAUUCCGAGCAGUGACCGAUAUUAUAACCCGCUUGAGGGUAGAGGCUCCACCGCGCUCUCUAGUGGCCAUAUUCCAACACUGCACUGCCUAACCGUUUCCAAUUCCACAGCGCUGCUUUCCAAUUCACCGCAUUAAGGUCGUGUUAUCGCUCGGUGGCAACAGGCACGGCGCGCGACUUAACACGCUUCAAAUAAAGAACAUAUUUUUAGUAAACAAAA